AUGGACCUGAAUAUUUUCCUGUUUGUGGAAGCCAUUUCUGUGGUCCCACGAAUAGCACAGAAGAUGAGUGCCAUGGACUACACCAUCUUCAAUGAGCUAAGACUGGAGGGCAAGCUCUGUGAUGUGGUCAUUGAGGUGAACAGCUUCGAGUUCAGAGCCCACAAGGCUAUCUUGUGUGCCUGCAGCUCCUACUUCUGCAACUUAUUCAACAGCACAGAGAAGCAGAGGUACCAGAUCACUGGGCUGUCGCCGGACAUCAUGAGGCUUAUCAUCGAGUACGUGUACUCGCGGUCCGUGCCGGUCACCGAGGACAACGUGGAGAGCCUCCUGCAGGCCGCCAACCAUUUCUGCAUUAUGGGCCUCGCCCAGGCGUGCUGCGACUUCCUAGCGGCUCACCUGUGCCCUGAGAACUGCAUCGGCACCUGGCAGGCGGCCGACGUGUACUUCUGCCCCCCCCUGCGCCGCCACGCCUACCGCUACAUCCUGCACAACUUCGAAGAGGUCGGGCGCGGCUCCGAGGAGUUCCUGAGGCUCUCGCUCCCGGAGCUCGGCGGCAUCAUCCAGGAGGACGAGCUUAACGCCAGGCAGGAGGACGUCGUCUUUGAGUCCAUCUUGCGCUGGAUCGCACACAUGCCUGAGGAGCGCCAGCCCUUUCUCUCCUUGCUGCUGCCCAAGGUCCGGAUGGCCCUGAUGAACGCGGACUACUUCAUGGACCAGGUGAAGAACAACCCGGUGGUGAGGAGCAGAGACGAGUGCAAGCCCAUAAUCCUGGAGGCCAUGAAGGCCCUGUGCGAGUACAACAUCAACCGCUCCUCGAACCCGGACUACCGCAACCCGCUGACCCGUCCGCGGCUCCCUUACGCCGUCCUGCUGGCCAUCGGGGGCUGGAGCGGUAGCGUGCCCACCAACGCCAUCGAGUCGUACGACGCCCGGGCGGGCUGCUGGGUGAACGUCACCCAGGAGCAGGAGAGCCCCCGCGCCUACCACGGCACCGUCUACCUGGACGGCUUCGUCUACUGCCUGGGCGGCUACAACAGCAUGGAGUACUUCAGCAGCGUGCGCAAGUUCAACCCCGCCACGCUCACCUGGCACGAGGUGGCGCCCAUGCACUUCCGCCGCUGCUAUGUCAGCGUGGCCGUGCUGGACGGCUACAUCUACGCCAUGGGCGGCCUGGACGGGCACGUCCGCCUCAACACGGCCGAGCGCUACAAGCCCGAGACCAACCAGUGGAGCCUGAUCUCGCACAUGCACGAGCAGAGGAGCGAUGCCAGCGCUACCAGCCUGCGUGGGAAGGUGUACAUCUGUGGGGGCUUCAAUGGCCAGGACUGUCUGUUCACUGCAGAGUACUACAACCCUCAGGUUAACCAGUGGACAGAAAUCACCCCUAUGAGCAGCCGGCGCAGCGGUCUGGGUGUUGUCACUUACGGAGAGGAGGUCUACGUGGUGGGUGGCUUCGACGGGGUCACCCGGCUCCGCACGGCGGAUGCCUACGACCCGGCGACGAACACCUGGCGCGCGGUGCCCGACAUGAUCACCGCGCGCAGCAACUUCGGCAUCGAGGUGCUGGACGGCCGGCUCUUCGUGGUGGGCGGCUUCAACGGCACCACCACCACGGACUACGUGGAGUGCUACGAUGAGAAGACCAACGAGUGGAGCGUGGUGCACUGCAUGGCCUUCUUCCGCAGCGCUCUCAGCUGCUGCGUGGUGCCCGACCUCUGCAACAUCGCCCGCUACACCGCCCCGCGCACCUUCGCGGAACCCGCCGCUGAGGAGGCCGGUCCGCCCGACGGCUCCGCCCCCACCCUCCGUUAG